AUGGUGAAGUUACUCCUAUAUAAUCGCUUGUUCUACAAUCAACUACGACAGUUACACUCAAAUAACACGAGCGUUUCUACUCUUGGCAUGGAAAAGGAAAAGAAAGCAUUCCAAGAUGUCCUCCCAGAAUUUAUUGAAUCCGUGGUAACAACGACUAAGGUAAAAGAACUGCCUGAAGUUGCAACAUGGUUGAAACAGGUCCUAAAUUACGUGUUACCAGGCGGUAAAUUGAGCAGAGGGUUCAUUACAUCUCUGGGAUACAAAAUGUUUGAGGAACCUGAAUAUUUCUCAGAAAGAACACAGCACGAUGCUCACAUUCUGGGCUGGUGCAUACAAAUGAUGCACGCAACAUUUAUUGUAUUAGAUGACAUCGCUGAUGGAGGAACAAUGCGGCAUAAUAAGACAUGUUGGCACUUGCAAAGAAACAUUAGUUUGUACGCUGUCAACGACGCGCUGAUAAUGCAGCAAGCUAUGAUGGACAUGUUGAAUACUCACUUCGGGAAGUCGCCCAUCUAUACUGACUUGAUCAAUUAUUUUAAUGAGGCAAUGUACCGAACCAUAAUGGGCGAGCACUUGGAUUUAUGUUCAAACUACAACAAGGACACGGACAAUGUAGAAGUAUUCAACAUGAGCCGGCUCCAUGACACUGCCGUCAACAAGACAGGCUGCUAUUCCUUCAAGCUGCCAAUAUUUACUGCACUGCUUCUAGUGAAGAAUGGACAACAAUUAGCUACCGCAGAAUUACAUGAUUUAUGUUAUGGAAUUGGGAGAUUAAUGCAAGUUCAGGACGAUUAUCUUGACGUAUACGGCACCGAGACGGUCACAGGCAAAACUUCAAGAGAUAUCCAAGAAGGAAAAGCUACCUGGCUGUCAGCGACAGCGUUGCAGCGCUGCAACUCAGCUCAACUUUCGAUCUUCAAAGAAUACUACGGUAGCAAUGACUUGGAACAUGUGCAGCGCAUCAAGCAGCUUUACGAUGAACUGAAUUUGCCUGAUGUGUAUGAACAAUAUGAACUCAAAAUGUAUGACGAUCUGUUGCAUCAAAUUAACGAAAUGCCCCAUGAAGGGGGGAAGAUUUUACUCACAGAGAUAUUAAAUUCAUGCUUUAAACGUGUUAAGUGA